AUGGCAUCUUUGUAUCGUCCACUAGUGCAGACUCACUCCGGUUUGUUGGCUGGGGCUCUACGGUUGACAGCAGCCAGGGCUACCCCAAUAUCCAAACGCUCGGUACACAGUCUUAUAGGCUCUGGUUUACAGAGAACCCAACCUCUUCUGACAUACAAUGCGAGUGCUGUAGCAUCGAGGAGCGUUCGAAGGAUUGUUAGUUCCCCAACCUUGGGUCCUAAGUCUGCCACUAAAAUCACCAACCCCAUUAAGUCCGAGAAUGGUCAAAUCCUGAGAGUGGAUGUUUCACAGAAAGCUGCUGAAAAGCUGAAUCUGCUGAAAAGUCAGGAUAAUAACCCCGAUCUAGCAUUGAGAAUCUCGGUCGAAAGCGGUGGAUGUCAUGGGUUCCAGUAUAUUUACUCAUUGAAGACGACAAAAGAUAUAGACAGCUCCAACGACUCAGUAUUCGAGCGUGAUGGUGCUAAAGUCAUCAUCGAUGCUACAUCUUUGGAAAUCAUCCAACAGUCUACUAUUGACUACACCACCGAGUUAAUAGGCAGCCAGUUUAAGGUUAUCAACAGCCCGUUUGCAACUUCGAGCUGUGGUUGUGGAAGCAGCUUUGCAUUUGACCCCGCUGCCGCUGCUGCUGCUGCGGCCGCUGCUACAAGCUCUAAAUAA